AUGCUCCGGGAAGAGGUGGAGCAGCUCUGUGCGUCGACUCUGGGAAGGAAACUAGACGAGUGGAUCUCACUGGGUCGUGAGGGUCAGCUUGAAAGCGAUUUCUGGGAUAAAGUGAAGCCGCAGCUAAGUGCGAGCGCAGUCAAGUUACGCCUGAGGUGGGCUGACAAGCUCGGGGUUAGCGCACGCAAAGGGGCAGCAGGCGGUGAUAUCCGUGUUCCCUUGAUGAAGAAGAUACUAGAACUGAUGCAAGGCGAAACUUCGGAAGUCUUGGAUGUCGAGUAUCUGGAUCUUAUGGAUCAAGGCGUGCCGUUUGGUACCACUAGCGAUAUACCAAUCAGUAAAUGCUGGCCGGCCAAAGUACGGUUGUCACCACAUGGGCGGUACCCCAUAACACGGGAAGUAUGGGACAAUUACUCAUCUGCACAGCUCUUCGCGGAAGAGGUUGCUAGCUCGUUAGAGAAGGAGGUUGAAUUGGGCCGGAUGGUCCCGAUCUCACCAGCCGAGGAGGGCAAGAUCCGUGCGACAUGUCAACUCGGCUGUGUACCAUCGUACGAUAGAGAGGGAAACCUCCGUAAAAUACGCGUGAUAGAUGAUUUGCGCAGAAAUGGAGUCAAUUCGGUUAUUGACAAUCACCUGAAAGAGACCCUCUUAUUGCCUACGGUGCGAAGUGCAGUGGCUCUAGCUCAGAGGUGCCAGAGAUUCGCUCGUGCGCGUGGUGAUGAGAGCGAAAUGCUCUGGGUGGAAGGCGAUAUCCGGGGCGCAUUUAGACUGAUAAGGAUGGCUCCCGAAGAUACUUG